AUGGAAAUUGAAAACGGUACAUCAUUGAAUCUGUUAUCUGAAUAUGUUUCUGUACAGAAAAAAAAGAUUUUUUUUUAUUUUAAGGGCGGCUCAGCAGCAGGCGAGAGGACUCUCACGGCGUUUUCUCUUAUCGCUCUUAAAGAAGCAGAGAACAUGCAGGGAAGCAAAGGGGAAGAAACGUCGCUAUUUGAUGAAAGAAGAAUACGAAUAUUAUAUUUCGAAGAUCAGGAGCGGUAUCGAGCAAGAAGAGCAAUAAAAAAAGCUAGGACUUACCUGGAAGGUGAAAUAGAUCUACUGGAAGAUGUGUACGAAUUAGCUCUUGUUGGAUACGCUUUAUUAAUAAGUAACAGCUCAAGGGUCAACGAAGUGAUUAACAAACUCAAUAAAAAAGCGAAUGUGAAAGAUGAACUUAAGUAUUGGUCCAAACCAGAGAAGAAGGGCAUUCAGUGGAAGGAAUGGGCUCCCCCUAAAGACCAGGCCAAGGCUGUGGACAUAGAAACAACAGCAUAUGCUCUGCUGGGUUUAGCUAUCAAUAAAGACUUAGAAGGAGGAUUACCUGUUCUCAAGUGGAUCACCUCCCAGCGUAACCCUGAGGGAGGUUUUGCAUCAACACAGGACACUAUUGUGGCUCUCCAAGCCAUGGCAGAAUUCGCUUCAAUGGUUUACAGUCCAAACUUAAACAUGCGUGUAAGACUUGUCAGCAAAACCUCGGGGGCACCAUUCCAGCACGAAUUUAAAGUAACGCGGGAAAACGCACUCAUUCUUCAGACCACAGAUAUUCCUCAAGAAGUGAAAAUCCUCGGUGUCAUGGCUGAAGGAUCAGGCAUUGCAAUAGCUGAGAUCUCAACUUACUUCAACAUUAAUGAAGACAUUGAAGUUUCCUCUUUUGACGUUAAUGUAACGCUGAUAGAUGAAACAACAAAAGGAUUCACAGUGAAAAUAUGUGGAAGAUGGCUCCAAGGGGGUCAAUCUGGAAUGGCUAUGAUGGAUAUCGGAAUACCCUCGGGUAUGACCCCUGAUUUGGAGACACUCGAUACAUCUAAAGCUCCCAUGUAUAAACGUAAUGAGAUGGGAUAUAGGAAACUAUCUUUGUAUUUUGAUGAGGUAUUUGUUUUGUAUGCUCUCAAUUCUAAAUUUACAGUGUAUAUGGCCAACACAGAUAAAGUAGCAGAGAAGCAGCCCUCUGUCAUUAGACUCUACGAUUAUUACGAACCAGAAAAUCAAGCAACCAUAUUUUAUACGUCAAGUGUUUUGGCGGACUCAGGAGUUUGUGAUGUUUGUGGUAGAGAGUGCUUCUGUGCAGACAUGUCUUAACUAUACUGGCAGAUGAGACCUUGAUUUAAUCGUUGUUAUCUACCGUUAAAAAUUCGAAGUAGUAUCUUUAAAAAUAUAAUUCUGCUACUAUGCUAAGAAAAAUACGUGUAAGGU